ACUCUUUGAACCUCUUCCCAUUUCUGAACCUGAUCUAGAAAGUCGGUGUACCUUCUGAACUCAAGCAUCAUAGAGGAAUAUUGAAGUUUUGGUUGUCUUUGCUCAAAUCCAUGGGUUCCGCUGCAAAAUGUCGUGGCUCUCAUUCAUAAAGAAGCUAUACUCUCUCGAUACUUUGGACACCCGUUUCACCACAUCGACCAAGACUCCUCACAAACUCACACCCGAAGAUUCCAUUGCAGACUCGAAGUUACCAGCACAGCAAAUAUUGCAACCAGGAAAGGAACAAUCAUUGCCUGGAAUUCAGCCAUCAAAAUGGAACACUCCAGAGUUCUACUUUUACUAUCUAUGCUUCCUUACCAUUCCGGUGUUUAUGGUCAAAGCUGUCUAUGAUGUUUCUCAAGAGUCCCACCCUAAUUAUUCUCGUUAUUCUCACCUGCUGUCCGACGGUUGGAUCCCUGGUCGUAAAGUCGACAACUCCGACUCUCAAUAUGCUGGCUUCCGUGACAACAUUCCGUACAUGACGCUUCUCUUGAUCUUGCAUCCAUUGCUCCGCAAGGCUUACAACUCUUUCUGGCGCAUUGACUCAUACACCAAGCCUGUUCCUUCAAGCAGUAGGACCCCCGGACUAACCCAAGGACUCUCUCCCUCGGCCGCUGCAGAUGCCAGAAUGGAGCACAGAAUCUCUUUCGAUGUCUAUUUUGCUAUCAUCUUCAUCUUCGCCCUGCAUGGAUUCUCAGCGUUGAAGGUUCUUCUCAUUCUGUACACCAAUUACAAACUGGCUACUCAGCUUCCGAAAGCUUACGUACCUGCAGCGACAUGGAUCUUCAAUGUCGGUAUCUUGUUCGCGAACGAGCUGUGCCAUGGCUACCCUAUGGCCGAGGUUGCAGCUUUUGUCCUACCAUCCCAUACCAGUGCCUCUGAGAAGGCCAAUCAGACACCCGGCUGGGCUGGCUGGAUCGAUAGCUAUGGCGGCAUUUUGCCAAGAUGGGAGAUUCUCUUUAACAUCACAGUGCUUCGCUUGAUCAGCUUCAAUCUUGAUUACUACUGGAGUUUGAGCGCAUCUUCAUCGCUCGAGAAGAAACAGCUCGAUCCUUCAAAUCUCUCGGAGCGUGACAGAGUUUCUGUGCCUUCUAAGCCGGUGGACUUUAGCUUCCGCAACUACCUCGCAUAUGCUUUGUACUCACCUCUGUACCUAGCUGGACCCAUUCUGACCUUCAACGACUACAUCUCGCAGUCACGCUACCCACUUGCCUCCAUCACUACCAAGCGCACUUUGAUGUACGGACUGCGUUUCCUCAUCUGCGUGCUUACCAUGGAGUUCUGUCUUCACUUCCUGUACGCAGUAGCUAUUAGCAAGGCCCAGCCGGCCUGGGAAGUGUAUUCACCUAUGCAACUCAGUAUGCUCGGCUACUUCAACCUCCACAUUAUCUGGCUGAAGCUGCUGAUUCCCUGGCGCUUCUUCCGACUGUGGUCACUCGCAGACGGUAUUGAUCCUCCUGAGAACAUGGUCCGCUGCAUGAGUGACAACUAUUCUGCACUUGCCUUCUGGCGCGGCUGGCACAGGAGUUUCAACCGCUGGAUCGUCAGGUACAUUUACAUUCCUAUCGGUGGCAGUGGACAAGGCAAGGUCCGCGCUAUCGGCAAUUUCCUGGCUGUCUUUACUUUUGUCGCACUUUGGCACGAUAUCAACCUCAAGCUGCUCAUUUGGGGCUGGUUGAUUACGUUGUUCGUCUUGCCAGAGGUCAUUUGCACUCUUCUUUUCCCUGCUAAGAAGUGGAAGGACAGUCCGGAUGUCUAUCGCUGGAUCUGUGGUGUUGGUGCCACUGGCAACAUUCUCAUGAUGAUGGCUGCCAAUCUGGUUGGUUUUGCCAUCGGUGUGGACGGCCUGAAAGCGAUGGUCGGCAACAUGGUUGGAAGCCUUGGUGGUUGGGCGUUCUUGCUCGGAGCUUGCGGCACGUUGUUCGUGGGUGCUCAAGUCAUGUUUGAGGUCCGCGAGAGUGAGAAGAGAAAGGGCAUUAACAUGAAGUGCUAAGCUCAUCUUAUAGCACAUGUAUAUUACAGUACCCAAAAGUCGUCGAGAACCAAGUUCCUCAUGUUGUUUCGCAAGAUGGCCACGCUCUCAAAACAACGAUCAUGUCAGACAUAUUGAUGCCCAUAACUUCGUGGUCAGUGCAGACGUGUGGACAAACAUGUAACG